AUGUUUCGUCGGGUAUUUGUCGCCGCCGGGAGGACCAUGCUACGCCGGUUCUGCAGCCAGUCCACGGCGGCCGGGUGGCCGUCGAGGCAUGCCGGAGCAACCAUGGUACCCCGGUUCUACAGCCAGACGGCACCGCCUGCGGAAUCUACUCUGUUCCGCCGGUUCCACGGCCAGACAACAGCGGCUGGGUCGCCGUGGAGGCCUGCGGGAGCAGCCAUGGUACGCCGGUUCGGCAGCCAGGCCGCGGUGGCCAGGUCGCUGUCGAGACCAGCUGGAGCAACCACGGUACGCCAGUUCUGCAGCCAAGCCGCGGUGGUCGGGUUACGCCGGCUCUGCAGCCCCGCCGUGGCGGCCGGGUCGCUGUCGAGGCCUGCCGGAGCUAGGCUGAUGCAGCUACAGUUUCAGAGAAACGUUGGGCAUGUUGCAGCUACCGCUGCUCACCGCUUGGGCUUCUUUCGCAGAUAUGCUAUACCUAUAGCAAUAGCCGUUGGUGUUGGACUUUGGUGUAUGAAGAAGAAUGCAGAGCUUGUUGAGAGGAGGAAGGCAGAGCUUGCUGAGAGGGCUUCCCGCCCGUCGCGGAUUGAUUGGGUUGAAGCUGGAGUUGUAACUCGUGCCGUGAGGAAUCAAAAGAACUGCGCCUCGGUCGAGGCAGUUCAUUACCUUAAGACCUUCCAAUCAAUCGCGUUAUCAGUUCAAGAGCUCGUCGACUGCAACAUAGAGAACCAUGGGUGUAAUGGUGGUGACUAUUUGUAUGUUUUCCGUUAUGUACGGCAAAACGGACUAUUGGCAGAGUCUUCCUACCCAUACAAGGCCCGGAAGAGUAUAUGUCGCAAAUUGGACAAAAAGGCAGCAGCAAGGAUAUCAGGCUUCCGGUAUAUCCGCCCAACCGAGGAUGAUCUGGAGAAAGCGGUAGCGAAGCGGCCCGUGAUCGUCACUGUGCAAGGUGAUCCUUUGCAGGAAUACAGAGGAGGCAUCAUGGAUUGUAAAUUUGAUAGGAGGCUUACCGGCUGGCAUGCUGUCCUGGUCGUCGGUUAUGGCACGGACUCCUACGGUGUCAAGUACUGGCGCAUCAAGAAUUCAUGGGGGAAACAUUGGGGCGAGGGGGGAUAUGCGAGGAUCCGAAGACACGUUGCCGACAAGAGAGGUGUGUUGGGCAUUUUCAUGUUUGAACCAGUAUAUCCCGUGCUAACGACCUAA